CCCCUUUCCUCCAACUGUUCUUCCUUUCUCAGUUCUUUUCAACUCUCAAUUCCAAAAAACACUACCACUUCUGUGGAAAUGCCUGAUAACCAUGAUUUUCUAUCUCAGAAGUGCAUGUGGGUGAACGGGCCAAUCAUCGUCGGUGCAGGCCCAGCUGGCCUCGCCGUUGCUGCCUCUUUAAAGAAGAAUGAAGUUCCUUAUGUUAUCCUUGAGCGAUCAGACUGCAUUGCUUCCCUCUGGCAAAAGCGAACUUAUGACCGCCUAAAGCUCCACCUCCCCAAACAGUUCUGCCAACUUCCUGGUCUCCCCUUCCCCGAUACCUACCCUGAGUACCCUUGCAAGAAACAAUUCAUAGACUAUUUGGAAUCCUAUGCAAAGCACUUUGAUAUCGAGCCAAGGUUCAACCAGACCGUCCUAUCUGCUAAGUUCGAUGAAACCAGUGGGCUGUGGAGGGUGAAGACCAUAGUUGAGACCAGUAAAAGUGAGUUUGAAUAUAUCGGGCGUUGGCUAGUAGUGGCUACUGGUGAGAAUGCAGAAAGAGUGAUUCCAGAGAUUGAAGGACUAAAGGAGUUUGGAAGCGAGAUAACACAUGUAUGUGACUAUAAAUCCGGUGAGGCUUACAGAGGGAAGAAAGUGUUGGUCGUCGGUUGUGGUAACUCUGGCAUGGAGGUGUGCCUAGACCUCUGCGACCACAAUGCAUCGCCUUCCAUGGUGGUUCGUAACUCGGUUCAUGUGUUGCCAAGGGAGGUUCUAGGAAAAUCGGUAUUUGAGUUGGCAGUUUCACUGAUGAAAUGGAUACCGUUGUGGUUGGUUGAUAAGAUACUGCUUGUUUUGGCCUGGUUCGUGCUUGGGAACAUGGAGAAGUAUGGACUAAAAAGGCCUUCAGCCGGUCCUCUGGAGCUCAAGAACACACAGGGAAAGACUCCUGUGUUGGAUAUUGGAGCUCUAGCCAAGAUAAAAUCUGCUGAAAUUGAGGUCGUUCCUGGAAUCAAAAAGUUUCUCCCUGGAAGAGUUGAGCUAGUUGAUGGGCACAUCCGUAACGUCGACUCAGUUAUUUUGGCUACUGGUUACCGCAGCAAUGUUCCUUCUUGGUUACAGGGAAGUGAUUUCUUCAACAAAGACGGGUUCCCAAAAAAGCAGUUCCCAAAUUCAUGGAAAGGGAAGUCCGGGCUUUAUACUGUUGGGUUCACAAGGAGAGGACUUGCAGGUGCUUCUGCCGACGCAAUAAGAAUAGCAAAGGAUCUCGGUCAGGCGUGGAAACAGGAAACAGAGCAGGCAAAGAAGUUGGUUAUCCUUCGUAGAAGAUGCAUAUCGCAUUUCUAAGCAUGUUCGGAGCAAAAUGUACAGACAUUCUCUCAGCGCAACCCAAGUUUUGCCAACUGAAUCACCUUACGUACAGAAUUAGCCUGACAAUGAUGAGCGUUUUUUAAAAAUUUUCUUUUAACUAAAUGGAAAGAACUAACAAUUCUUUGCUAAGCUGUGAUCUUUGAUCUUAUAUUAUGAUUUUCUUGUUCCUUCUGUACUUUAA